AAACCAUCAUCAGUAUAUAAAACCCACCUGUCUGCCUGCAGAUGCAACCGUUUCAAGCCUAAUCGCCCGGCCGUCUCUACCCGGUCACCAGUCCCUGUUCCUGCACCACAGUAGCUGAAAGACAAUGGAAGGAAGCACCUCCAUGCCAUCAGAGAAGAGGGUUGCCCUGGUUACCGGUGGGAACCGGGGAAUGGGGUUCGAGAUAUGCCGGCAGCUGGCGUCCAACGGGCUCACCGUCGUCUUGACGGCGAGGAACGAGAAGAGGGGCACCGAAGCGGUCGACAAGCUUCGAGAGCUCGGGCUGUCGGACGUCGUGUUCCACCAGCUGGAGAUCACCGAGCCAGCCAGUGCUGCUCGUUUGGCUGAUUUCGUGAAGAACAGGUUUGGCAAGCUCGACGUAUUGGUCAACAACGCAGCAAUAUUCGGGGUGACAAUGGAGGUUGGCGACGAGGCAGCUCUCAAGGAAACGCUCGCAGGCAAGGAUGAGAACGAGGUCGCCGAAUGGCUGAGGCAACGGACCACGCAGACCACCCAGGAAGCAGAGGAAUGCCUCAAAAUCAACUAUCAUGGCACCAAAAAUGUCACCGAAACACUGCUUCCGCUUGUCCAAUCCUCCUCAGACGGAAGGAUCGUUAAUGUCACUUCAGUAUUUGGGCUACUCAGGUUUUUCAGCGGCGAAGAGCUCAGGCAGGAGCUGAACACCAUCGACAAGCUGACCAAGCAGAGGCUGGACGAGCUGCCGGCGCUGUUCCUGGAGGACUUCAAGAACGGCGAGCUGGAGCCCCGCGGGUGGCCGACCGACCGGGUGUACUCGGCCUACCAGGUAUCCAAGGCGCUCGUCUGCGCCUACACGAGGAUCCUGGCGAGGGAGAACCCCGCGCUGCGGGUCAACUGCGUGCACCCGGGAUACGUGGAGACCGAGAUGAACUGCAACACGGGGAACCUGACGGCCGCGGAAGGCGCCAGCGUCUCCGUCGCGGUCGCUCUCGCCGAGAAGGGCGGCGUGACUGGCGCCUACUUCGACCGCACGGAAGUAGCAUCUUUUGUGUAAUCUUAGAGAAAUAAUAGUAAUCCCACGGAAGUAUAGCACCUUUGUGUAAUCCUAAAGUAGUAGUGAUUGAGGGUUGGAGUGGCGAUUAAUAAAUCUAAGUGCACUGCUUGUGGCUGUCAUUACAAAAGCAUGCAUGUUCGUCA